AUGAGUACUACACAAGAAAAUGUUGAGAUUGCUACUGGUUCAACACCACCAGCAGAUGUUAACUCAAUUGAUUCAGGUCACUCUUACUAUCUUCAUGCUUCUGAUUACCCUAGCAUAAGUAUUGUUUCUUCAGUCUUUAAUGGUAAAGGCUAUGGUAGAUGGAGGAGAGGUGUAGUCAUAGCCCUCUCUGCAAAAAAUAAGCUCAGCUUCAUUGAUGGCACUUUGAAAGUUCCAACCACAAAUCCAGUUCUGCAAAAGGCUUGGAUCGAUGAAAUAGCUGUGAGUGUUCUCUAUUCUCGGAGUGCCAAAGAUAUGUGGGGUGACCUAGAAGACAGAUUUGGUCAGACAAAUGGAGAAAAGCUCUUUCAAUUUCAAAAGGAACUCAAUGUAUUGUGCAAGUGUGACUGUGGUUCUAAGACUAAGAAUCUGAAAGCCCAUCAAGAUGAAAGGCUUCUACAAUUCUUGAUGGGACUGAAUGACAUUUUUAUUGGGGUAAUGAGCAACAUCCUUCUAUCUUUUUCUUUACCUAACAUGGGACAGGCUUAUUCUUUAGUCAUUCAAGAUGAAAAGCAAAGGGAGAUUCAUGUCUCUCCUGCUUAUCCAUCAGAUGCAGCUUCUUUUGUUGCAGAUGGGAAUCAAUCAGGUGGAAAUAGAAGGUUCAAUGAGUAUCGAUCUUACAAAGGUCAGGGACCUUAUAAUCAUAAGAAGAAUACUGAGACUUGUGCUUAUUGCAAGAAAAUAGGACAUAACAUUGAUAGAUGCUACAAAAUUCAUGGUUUUCCCGAGGACUUUAAGUUUACCAAGAGAAAGAGAAAUUAUCCUAGAGCACAGGCUAACAUUGUUAUUCACUUAACUGGAGAAAAUGAGAAGGCUAGGAGUAGUGCAGCUAAUCCUCAAACAUUGACUCAGGAAAACAUAAGGCAACUUUUAUAG